UGGUUGGGGUUGUCGUGCUUGGUUCCCCCAAUCGUUUAUGGUGUUGGCACUGUCUGCCAUGUGCACCUCAGUCCCCGGUGGGGGGGGGUCCGCUUCAGGCAAUUCGGAGGGUCCUGACGGGCUCCCCCACGCCGCCGUCGGGUACCCCGGCACUUCACUGACCUGCCAGUUGUGCCUUGUCACUUUGGCGGCCGUCGUGUCGUACGUGUUCGUCGUCGGUCGUGCCCGCCCGUCACCAGCAGCACCAGCCGGAGCAAGAAACAGGAGGCAGCAGCAGGCAGCAGCAGGCAGCAGCACGCAGCAGGAGGCAGCUGGAGCAGGCAUCGGGAGCGAGGAGGAAUCACCGAGCCGGUUGAGGUAACAGUGGCAAUGGUGCCCGCUCUGCCCAAGCAGCUCAUUGACGACUUGAAGAGAGAGAGAGAUGACAAGGAGGGAGUCCAACCAGUGGGAGGGAGGGGGGAUGGAUAUUUUCAUGUUCUAGUGACAGAUUGAUUCCCAUUUUGCUCAUCCUAUGGAUAUAACUCUCUCUCUCUCUCGCGCGCGCUCGCGUGCGCGCCCGCGGCGACAUUUGCAUCUGACAGCUCCUUAGUCCAUACUCACACCGGGAUUUCUUUUCAAUGUAUCUGUCCGCUGUUAUGGGCAUACUGACUUCUGGGACCUUUUGGGACAUACUCACACUGGGACUUCGGGCAACUUAGGGCACACUCACACUCUGACUAUCCUUACAGCAUACUGGUGCCGCAGGGUCCAGUGCCCUGCACCUCCUGUGACUUGUUUUUUUUAAUUUGCUUGCCAGGUUCGUCGUGUGUGUGUUGGUGCUUUCCUGUUUUUUUCUUGUCGUUUUAUUUGCUUUUAACAUGUUUUUUCCUCGAUUUUAUGUGUGUCAUCGUUGCGCAGGGGUCGGGACCCACUCACGGCAUUUGCUUCGGUGUG